AUGACUCAAGCUUUGCAGGAUAAUGCCUCUUUUCUCUUUCAUCCACAAGCCAUUCUUAUAUCGCAUCUUCCUAGCUUUUCUUCUUUCUUACCCUCCAAGCUUUUCAUUUCUAUCACCCCAGUAGCUUUUCUUUCUCACACAGGCUUUUCUCUCUCCACCUCCCAUCCUUUCUUCUCUCUUCCUACUCUUUAUUUCUCUUCCAUAUAUAAUCUUUUUUUCUUUUUUCUCUCAUUGUUAUUAUUUAUUUUAACCCCCACCCACUUCUUAUUGUCCUUUCUCUUUCUCAACCUUCCUUUCCAUUUUCUCAUACUCUCCUUGAAUUCUUCCAAUCUUCCAUUUUUACUUUUUUUUUUCUUCACUUUUUUUUAUGCUCCCUUUUUUUUCCAGUCUUUUGCAAACAAGAUCAAAAUGAAAAGACUGGAAAAUGAAGAAUUUUCCACAUUUCUUCUCUCUCACUCUUAUUGCCUUUCUUCUCUCACCACAACUAACUUUCUUUCUCACCUGGCCUCUCUCUCUCUCUCAUCCUUUCUUUUCCUAUCUCACCUCCCCAUAACCAUUUUUCUUUUUCAUCUACAUACCAUUCUUAUAUCUCACCCUCCUAGCGUUUCUUCUCUCUCACUCUCUUUUCUUCUCUCACCCCAACUAACUUUCUUUCUCACUUGGCCUUUUUCUCUCUCUCUCUCCCAUUCUUUCUUCUCUUCCAUAUAUAAUCAUUUUUCUUUUCCCCCCACUGUUCUUUUUCUUUUAACUCUCUUCUUCUCCUUUUCUUUCUCUACCUGCCCUUCCAUUUUCUAUAGUUUUUUCUUCUUGAACUUUUUGCUUUCUAACAUUGAAAUAUUCUUUUUUUCACUCUUUCCAAUUCUUAUUUUUUGUUUCUUUUCUUCAUUUUUCUGCUCUCACAUGAUUUGUUUUAUCUCUUUCUCUCCAUAUUUUCUUUACUUUUUCCACUUUUCAAGCAACACUUUUUCUCAUACCCUCUUCUUUUCUUUUCUCUUUCAUAUUCGUCUUUUCUUUCAUCUCAAUCUUUGCUUCAUCAUUCUCUUGCUUUUCUGUCAUUUUUUUUUACAAAUCUUUUUUUCUCUCAUUUUUUUUACUGUUAUUCAUGCUUUUCUUUUCUUUUUUCCCUUCCCUCGUUCCUCCUCCUCUUCUUCUUCCUCCUCCUCUUGUCUCUCAUUUUGGUUCACUAUCCUAUCUUUCUUCUUUUCCCUCCCCUUGUUCCUCCACUUUUUCUUUUUCCUGCUCCUGUUACUCCUCAUUUUGAUGUGCACUCGUCUAUCCUUUCUCUUUUCCCUCCCUUUGAUUCUCCUGUUUUUCUUUUCCCUACCUUUGUUCCUCCUCUCUCCUUCCUUCUUUUCCAUGCCCUUGCUCCUCCUCCCUCUUUUCUCCUCCUCUGAUUAUUCCUCUUUUUCUUUUUCCUUGACCUUGUUCCUCCUCUCUCUUUUUUCCUUCUCUUUGUUCUUCAUCUCUCUUUGCUUCCAUCUGCUUGUCCUUUCACUUUCUUCUUUUCCCUAUCCUUAUUCUUGCUUUCUUUUUUUCCUAUCCUUUUUCUUCCUCUCUUAUCCAUAUCCUAGUUUAUCCUUGUUCUUCCUCUUUUUUCUUUCUUCUUUCCUUGUUCUUCCACUUUUUCCUUUACCCUAUCUUCGUUUUUCCUUUCUUCUCCCUACCCUUACCCUCUUUUUUCUUUCUUUGUUCUAUUUUUUCCUUUUCCCUAUCUUUUCUUCCUCUUUUCUUUUCCCUAUCUUUGUUUUUCCUUUCUCUUUACUAUCCUUGUUUUUCUUCUCUUUCUUUUCCCUAUCUUUGUUUCUCCUUUCUUUUCCAUUCCCCAUCCUUGUUCUUCCUUUUCUUCUUUCCUUAUUCUUCUUCUUGUUAGUUUUCCCUCACCUUGUUUCUCAUCUUCUUUUCCUUAAUCUUUUUUCCUCAUUUUUUUUACUUUUCAUUCCCCUUCUCCUUUCUUAUUAUUUUUGGCCAUACCUUAUUUUGUUAUUUUUCCUGAUCAUUUUACUUUUUAAUACUUUCAUACCUUUGUUUUUAUUCCACUGCCUCUUUGAAUUUUUCUAUUUACCUCAAUUCCUUUUCUUUUUCCUACCCAGCUUCUUUUUAUUCAUUCUUUUUUUUUUUGGUUAUUCAUUCCCACCUUUCCUCAGCUGUUCUCUCUUUUUCAUCCCUUGCUUUUUUUAUUCUUUUUCUUUCUCUCUGUUAUUCAUUCCUUACUCUCAAUUGUUCUUCUUUUUUCAUCAACCCAGUUAUUCUUUUCUCUGCCCAGUUCAUUAUUGUUCACCUUUUCUUUCUUCUCUUUUUCUAUUUCUCCUCCUCUCACAACAUAUUUGCCUACUUCAAAGACACUGUAUUUCUUUUUUUAUUUUACUUUCCAAUAUAUUCUUUCUUUCAUUAACAGGUAUCUACUCUAUUUCCCUCAAUAGAAAAACCUUUCUUUCACCUGUGCACAUCUCUCUUUAUUUCACCUGUGCACAUUCUGUCCUCUUCAAGCCACAGUUCUCAUUUCCUCUUUCUUUCAAUCCUGAUCUGAUUUUCUAUUUCAUUUCAUCUUUAUUCUUAUUUUGUUUCUCUUGUUCUUCUUUUCUUUUUCACCCGUCUUUCUUUUUUUUUUCAUCUUCUUUGUUCUUCAUUUCUUACCCUUCCACCUUGUCUUCUUUUUCAUUCUCUCUUUUUCAUAUUGCUCAUUUUCUGCUUCACAUACUUGUUUUUGCAUUUUCCCCUGCUUUUUGGUUUGUUUUUCCUUCUCAUUCAUUUUUUCUUUUCUUUUUUGUCUGUUUUUCCUUCUCAUUCAUUUUUUGUUUUCCUUUUUGUCUGUAUUUUCUUCUCACUCAUCUUUUUCUUUCUUUUAUCUUUUUCUUUCUUUUUUGUCUGUUUUUCCUCCUCAUUCAUUUUUCUUUUCCUUUUUGCUUGUUUUUCCUUCUUAUUCACCUUUUUCUUUCCUUUUUUGUCUGUUUUUCCUCCUCAUUCAUUUUUUCUUUUCCUUUUUGUCUGUUUUUCCUUCUUAUUCAUUUUUUCUUUUCCUUUUUGUUUGUUUUUCCUUCUCAUUCAUUUUUCUUUCCUUUUUGUCUGUUUUUCCUCCUCAUUCAUUUUUUCUUUUCCUUUUUGUCUGUUUUUCCUUCUUAUUCAUUUUUUCUUUUCCUUUUUGUUUGUUUUUCCUUCUUAUUCACCUUUUUCUUUCCUUUUUGUCUGUAUUUUCUUCUCAUUCAUUUUUUUCCCUUUUCAUCUGUUUUUCCUCCACAUUCAUUUUUUCUUUCCCUUUUCAUCUGUUUUUCCUCCACAUUCAUUUUUUCUUUUUGUCUGUUUUUUUCUUCUCAAUCUUUUUUCACCCUUUGCCAUAUCUUAAUAUCUCAUUUUAUCCAUGUUUUCUUCUCUUUCUAUGCCCCAACUUUCCUCUUCAUUGACCCCCAGCUUCACAUCCCUACUUAG